AUGCAUCGUCCCGCUGUUCUACUCGCCCUCGGGGCUCUCAGCUCACCAGUCGCCGCCGGUUGGCUCAAGUCAGACCAAGAAGCGUCAUGGGAACCUCCUCGCCAGACGGGCAUCUACGGCCCUGAAGCUGGGGAACAAGCUAAUAUCGCCUUGGGAUGGAGUCCUGUACCAACAGACGCCCCCCAACUUGCUGGUGCUAUGGAUUUGAAGUUUGCCAUGGGAAAGAGAGACCUAGCGCCUAUGACCUGUGGUUUUGGCAAAGCAGGAAACUCCUUCACAUGCAUUUCCAGUGUCGCCACUUGCAGUUAUUCUAACGGUUGGAUUGGAUGCUGUGAAACUGGCCGGGCUUGCAAGUCAGUGAAGACGAGUUGUGUUCCCUACACCUCAUCUGCUUCCGUGUGUGCUUUCCUUGAGGACUUUCACACUCUUUGCUGUGACGCAACUGCCAAGUACUGCCACACAUGGGUCGGUACUACAUCUGGUGACCCCUAUACGAUCCUCGCCUGUGAUUCCACCUCGGGCAGCUCUGCACUUCUAUUCUCCGACCCUUUGGCCACCGGUGAUUCGAGCACCACUGAAAGUGAUGCAUCGACUACGAAAGCAUCCUCGACCACAGACGACUCCGCUACCACAGUAACUGAGGAUGUCGCAGCAGCAUCAGACUCUAAUAAGAAAGAUGAUGACAAGGGCACACCCGUCGGCGCCAUUGCUGGCGGUGUCGUUGGUGGCGUCGCCGCUCUUGCUCUGGUCGGUGUGGCUGGUUUCCUUCUUUUCCGUCGUCGCAAGAAGACAAAUGCCGCAGCCGCAACUGCAGCGGCCGGUGCCAACCCACAAAACCCUCCUCCGAUGGCUCAACACCCUCAGAGUCCAGGCUAUGUUCCUUCUUCGCCCUCGAAUGCUACCUAUCCUUCCGGCGUGCCUUCAAACUUCCAAGGUUACCAACAGACAUACGACCCUUCAUUGGCUGCCCCAUACGGACAACCCCAAGGCUAUCAGCAACCUGGCUACGGCGGCUACUCUCCCCAGCCUCAGGGGUAUGCCCAGCCAGGAUUCGGCCAGCAAGGACAAUAUCCUGCUCAGUAUGGCGCUGGCGGUUAUGGAGUGCCUUCAUCCACUUCGCCUCCUCCAGGACAUUUCACACCCAGCCCGGGCCCUAACAAGGACGGUCACGAGUCUCCUCAAGCCCAGGAGUUGCCUGCUGUUCAACCAAUUGGAAAUGAGGGCAACCGCGCCGAGCUUAGCUAG